GGGCGUAGCCUUGGCGGACACGGGCUGGAGGACUGGAAAAGCUGGAGCUGGAUUUAACCUGGAGUAGCUGCGCGGGCGCCGGCCACCCAGCGCUGGGACUCCCGGCAGAGGAAGUGCAGGUGGCCCCAGGGACGCGGCCGCCAGGCACGCUGUCCCCCGGAAAGAACUGACCAUGUCAGGGUGAAGGGGACCUGCGUGGGGCUGCUCUCCACAGACCCUUUGGGAGCCGUGAGACUCAGCGUCCGCGUGGAGAGAUCUUCCCUGGAUCAUGCUAUGGUGAAAAAUGUUCCGGAAAGGCAAAAAGCGACACAGUAGUAGCAGUUCCCAAAGUAGUGAGAUCAGCACGAAGAGCAAGUCUGUCGAUUCCAGCCUUGGGGGUCUCUCGCGGUCCAGCACUGUGGCCAGCCUCGACACAGACUCUACCAAGAGCUCAGGACAAAGCAACAAUAAUUCAGAUACCUGUGCAGAAUUUCGAAUAAAGUAUGUUGGUGCCAUUGAGAAGCUGAAACUCUCUGAGGGAAAAAGUCUAGAAGGACCACUAGAUCUGAUAAAUUAUAUAGAUGUUGCCCAGCAAGACGGAAAGUUGCCUUUUGUUCCACUGGAGGAAGAAUACAUCAUGGGAGUUUCCAAGUAUGGCAUAAAAGUAUCAACGUUGGAUCAAUAUACGGAAACAGUGACCACGGGAGCCAAGUGGGAAUGCAAGCGGGGCUGCAGCGAAGAGGAGCCCCAAGACCUGAUGCUCAGAGCAGCAGCCCAGGCCCCAAAGAGGUGGACGGCUGCAGGGCUGAGCUCCUGCCUGGAAUCUGCCCCACAGACUGCGCAGAAGCAAACCCAGCCCCACAGCAGGAAUUGAAAAGGCCUAAAAAUGAGGCCCACCAAUCUGCCAGUGUCACUGCUAAUUUCCACCAUCUCAAGGUCAGGUGGCGAAUUUUUCAGGCUUUGUGGGUUAUGAAGUCGACUCUUCCACUGUGGCAGGACAGCAGCCACAGAUGCUGCAUGAAUAAAUGUCUACGGGCACUGAAGUCUGAACUUCACAUGAGUCUAGCAUGCCAUGCCAUAGUCUCCUCGUGGUUUUUUCAACCUGUAAGUCCAAGAGCCAUGGGGAGCUCGUGGACCACAGAGAAACAGGUGGCGGGUGUGCCUGGUCUCUAGGGCAGUCUGCACUAGGGGAAUGAAUGCACACCUAGGGGCAUCCCCUGGUGGUCACUGUGGGGAGGAGUGGCUGCUCCCUUCAGCACUCAGUCACCCACGGGCUCCAGUGGGAACCGACUCCGCCCUGACAAGCAGACCCUGCUCCUCAGGGCCCGGACAGAGCACCCUCCAGCGUCACCAGCAUGUCCUCCCUCCACCUGCCUCCCGCCGGCUUGGCCUCUGCAGGGACCUGGAGCAGCUGGACCUGCGCCGCAGCCUCACAUGUGCUGGCCCGUACCCCUGUGUUUGGGGCUCCCUGCUGGGGCCCGGCCUGAACUGUUUCUGGUCCAGAACUUUGAAGGGCGAUUUGGCCUCCUCAAGAACAGUGGCUUGGAGCACCCUCAGCAGAGGAGAGGAGGUGAGGAGGCAGACACGGUCCCUGACCCCGGAGAGGCC